AUAUCCGAUUUCGCAGUUUGGCACAUUUAGGUUAUGUCAUCGUGACAUUUCAAAUUAAAUGUUGCUGUUUUGUAAUGUUUUGAAAGAAAGUGUUUAUUAAAUUGCUUCAAAUCAUGUCUGCAUUCCCCAAUUUGAAGAAUGAUCGGCUCUUAAGAGCUGCAAGGGGUGAAGUUCCUGAUAAACUCCCAAUAUGGGUUAUGAGACAAGCCGGACGUUACUUACCUGAAUUUAUGGAGUUCCGUAAAGACCAUUCGUUUUUUGAAAUAUGUCAAACACCACAACUUGCCUGUGAAGUUACCUUGAUGCCAAUAAGACGUUAUGAUUUAGAUGCUGCGAUUAUUUUUAGCGACAUUUUAGUUAUUCCACAGGCUUUGGGUAUGGUUGUUGAGAUGAAAGCGGGAAUUGGUCCGGUGUUACCGGAGCCGCUAACUUUGGAAAACUUCCACGAAUUGAACAAAACUGGUGCUGUUGAUAGACUGAAGUAUGUAGGGGAAGCUAUUACUUUGACUAGGCAUAAAUUGGAAGGCAAAGUGCCACUAUUUGGUUUCUCAGGAGCUCCAUGGACUCUAAUGGGGUACAUGAUUGAAGGUGGUGGUUCCAAAACGUUAAGCAAGGCCAAAAAAUGGUUAUACGCUCACCCAAAAAUCGCACAUAAACUACUUGAGUUACUGACAGAGGUGAUCAUUGAUUAUCUUGUAAUGCAAGUAGAAGCAGGUGCUCAAAUUUUACAAAUUUUCGACAGCAAUGCUGACCUUUUAAAUAAAGAACUUUACACAAAAUUUUGUCUCCCAUACUUGAAGAAAAUCAGGGACUCGGUGCGUUUAAAACUUGACGUAAAGAAACUAGAACAAGUUCCUAUGGUUUUAUUUGCCAAAGGUGCCCAUUAUUGUUUACCAGAACAAGCAGAUUUAGGCUAUGAAGUUCUAGGAGUUGACUGGACUCUAGAACCUCAAGUUGUAAGAACUUUAUUGAAGGGAAAAAAUGUGACAGUACAGGGAAAUUUAGAUCCUUGUGCUCUCUACGCACCCAAAGAAGAAUUAAUCAGACUUGUGCACAAAAUGGUGGAAGAAUUUGGAGGCCAAAGAUAUAUUGUUAACUUGGGACAUGGAAUAUAUCCUGAUGCGCCCAUAGAGUCAUUGCAGACGUUUAUAGAAACAGUGCAUAAUAUCAGAAUUUGAUUGUUUAUUUCCUUAAUUAUUGAUUGUUUAAUAAAAUUAUGACGAAAA